AUGAGACCAAGUCAGUUUUUUACUCUCUUGGCAGCAGUCUCUCCCGCGGUGAACGCUCUACUGGGUUCGAGCUGCAUCAGCGCUGUCAAUAGUUUGAACAAGACCCCGGCACUUUUCAUCGAAGCAGGGCAGCGAGUGGCUUGUCAAGCUGGAUGCAAGCCCAAACCGGCUGAAUGGCUGAAGUAUGGAAGGGAAUUCGUGAACGGGGUGGUGGAAGACGGGGCUGCUUACUGUCAAAUUGACGACGGUCAGGAUGUUCUCGCCGAGUACCUUGACCAGAUAUUUCACGAUGUCAUGGACAGAUGCGAAGCAAAACUGGAUGAUAACCAUCUUUGUGGCGACCCGGAACAGUUGAGCGAAUUCAAAAAUUGUGUUCUUUCGAAUCGUUGGCACUCUUUGUCCUCGCCCCGACUAUCCUCCUUACUGCCAUAUGCGUCGGAGGAGAGAUGCAAACUGGUGGACAGCUACAUCAACAGCUCACAGCUAUGGGACCAUGAUUUCCCCAAACGCGCGAAAAAAUAUAUAGGUAACUGCCAUAACGAUCUGUGA